GUCAUGGCGGCGGUGGAGGAGCUGGAGCUGGAGGUGGACAUCGAAGGGGACCCGGCGGCUGAGCCCGGAGAGGCGGCGUCAGGAGAUCAUGAAAACACAGCUUCAAGCUUGCUGCAGGAUCACUAUCUUGAUUCUUCUUGGAGAACUGAUAACAGUCUUCCAUGGACACUGGACAGCAGCAUUAGUGAAGAAAAUAGGGCUGUGAUUGAGAAAAUGUUGCUGGAAGAAGAAUACUAUUUAUCUAAUAAAUCACUCUCUGAAAAAAUAUGGCUCAAUCAGAAGGAAGCAGAGAAAAGAUCUAUGAAAAGCCCGCAUAAGAAAGCUGGGAAGGUCAUGAUGCGAUCACCUACAAAACCAGCCAGCUACUCACUGAAGUGGACUUCAGAAGAAAAGGAGAUGUUUGAACAAGGACUGGUGAAGUUUGGCCGCCGGUGGACAAAAAUUGCCAAGCUGAUUGGAAGCCGUACAGUUCUACAAGUGAAGAGCUAUGCUCGGCAGUAUUUUAAGAACAAGGCAAAAAAUGGUGCUUCUGAGAAAGAAGAGCAAAGUCAGUGUGGGAGCACUCUUCCUUUUGAAGAUGGGAUUAAGGUAGAAGAGUGGUCAUCUGGGAACUUGAGAGGCCGUGCAGACCCCAAUCUGAAUGCAGUGAAAAUAGAAAAGCUGUCAGAUGAUGAAGAAGUAGACAUAACUGAUGACAUGGAUGAACUACUUUCUCCUGCCUUCCACCAGGAAACUGGGAAAUCUGAAUUAUCUGUUCCCUCAGAAAGUCCAGUUGAAGAAUCGAGAGGAAUGGAACAGAGCUUGUCAUCUGCUGGACACAGUUCUGCAGUUUCUUUGCCUACAGAAGAUCCUCUGCACACCAAGAGAGAUCCAGUGGAUGCAUUAGUAUUUCCAGCAGUUCCAGCAACAUGUUCUCAGCACCUCAACGGUGAUAAAUCUGUGAACUUAGAUUACCAGCAAUACAAUAAUUGUACUGAGAAGGCUGAACAAGGCAGACUGUUAACAUCUCCUGGUACUGCACAAGUAACUGAUCAGGAGCAUAAUGUGGAACAGAGAUACCCAGCUGAUAAUGGAUUGCUUUUUCGUUCUGCCUGCCAAGCAGAUGAAGAUCAUCCAGAAGAAGCAGAGGAGCUUAAGCCUCCUGAUCAGGAAGUGGAGGUUGACAGAAAUGUCAUUCUGGAAGAAGAAAAACAAGCUAUUCCUGAAUUUUUUGAGGGCCGCCAGGCCAAAACUCCAGAGCGCUAUCUGAAAAUCAGGAACUAUAUUUUGGAUCAGUGGGAGAGAUGUAAACCCAAGUACCUGAAUAAGACUUCAGUACGUCCAGGCCUUAAGAACUGCGGUGACGUUAACUGCAUCGGGCGCAUCCACACGUACUUGGAAUUGAUAGGAGCAAUUAACUUUGGCUGUGAACAGGCUGUCUAUAACCGCCCCCAGCCAGCUGACAAGGCACGCUCCAAGGAAGGCAAAGACACGGUGGAAGCCUACCAGCUUGCUCAGCGCCUGCAGUCCAUGCGUACGAGACGACGGCGAGUGCGAGACCCUUGGGGAAACUGGUGUGAUGCAAAGGAUUUGGAAGGACAGACUUUUGAGCACCUGUCUGCUGAAGAAUUGGCAAGAAGAAGAGAGGAAGAAAAACUGAAACCUGCAAAAUCUUCUAAAGGUUCAAGACCAAUAAAAAGUUCCUUUGAUCCCUUUCAGCUGAUACCCUGCUGUGUAUUCACUGAAGAGAAGCAGGAACCUUUCCAAGUGAAAGUGUCUUCUGAAGCACUUUUAAUAAUGGAUUUGCACUCUCAUGUGUCUAUGGCAGAAGUAAUAGGGCUGCUAGGUGGAAGAUAUUCUGAAGCUGAUAAAAUUGUAGAAGUGUGUGCAGCUGAGCCAUGCAACAGCCUCAGUACAGGCCUGCAGUGUGAGAUGGACCCAGUGUCCCAGACGCAGGCCUCAGAAACGCUGGCUGCCAGAGGCUUCGGCGUUAUCGGCUGGUACCACUCCCACCCGGCCUUCGACCCCAACCCCUCCAUACGAGAUAUCGACACCCAGGCUAAAUACCAGAGUUAUUUCUCCAGAGGUGGUGCCAUGUUCAUUGGAAUGAUUAUAAGUCCUUACAACCGAAACAAUCCCCUUCCAUAUUCUGAGAUGACCUGUCUUGUAAUUAGCGAUGAGAUCAGCUCAGAUGGUUCCUACCGCCUGCCCUACAAAUUUGAAGUGCAGCAGAUGUUGGAGGAACCUCAGUGGGAACUAAUAUUUGAAAAAACAAGAUGGAUCAUUGAAAAAUACAGAUUCUGCCACAGCAGUGUCCCCAUGGAUAAAAUUUUCCAUAGAGAUUCUGACCUGACUUGUUUGCAGAAACUCUUGGAGUGCAUGAGGAAGACCUUGGGCAAGGUAACAAACUGCUUCAUUGCUGAAGAGUUCUUGACUCAGAUAGAAAACUUAUUCCUGUCCACAUACAAGAGUGAGAAAAAGAGUGAUGUUGGAGAAAAUGAGAAUGACUGUUCAAAGGAACUGCCAAUGUGAUGGCUCUAACAAAACAAAGUGAUGGAUUUUGGGGGUGGUUGUUUCAUUUUUCUUCCCCUCCUCCCCAUUAUACCAAUUCUUUCAGAAUUAUUAUCCAUGUUAAUAAUAAGCGUUAAAGAAUUCUUUGUCAUCUUACUGGUAUGGUUUAAACAUCCUUUGAAAACCUCAUGUGUGUGACCUGACUACCUGAGGGAUGCUUCAUACUAACACUUUGUGAGAUGCCACAGAAUGAAUUGAUUGACCAUCAGCCUGCUGUUGGGGAAGGAGGACAGCCUGGCAAGAGUACUGCACUUCAGUUUCCAAGGAGAGUUUGUCCUCUCUCCAGUCUUUCAGUUUAAGAAUGUUCUCUUUACUUUCUCUCUGCAGGUACACAGCUGACUCAGUUUGACUUUGUUCCUUUAAUGCUUUAGAGAUGAUAAAUUUGAAUGAAUUCACAGAAGACAAACUUGACUGAAAUGAAAGUUUUAUAGCUCACUGAUUUCAAACAUUCCUGGUUUCCAUUCUGGAGCUGUAUUCAGCUGUAGUGUACUGCAUCAUCAGAGGGGGUUUAUGGUUGUGAUUGGUUUUUUUUUCCCCAUUGAUACUUAUGGUCAAGUAGCUCUUUGGCAUGUUCUUUGCCAUCUUGCUUCUAUAUUUGGGAGAAAAAGCUGGCAAGAUUUCAUGACUUCUCAGUAAUGGUUGUGCUUGUUUCCAGUGGAAAUGAUAACUCCUGUCUUCUUACAGGUUGCAGUCUUUCUGAUCUUCCAUUCUACUGGGAGAUUUUAUGUUGUUCUGCCAGAUCAUUGUGAUUUGUCCACUUCUAACUGCCACUGUUUCCUGUGGAAACGAGCUCUUGAUUGAUGGCCAACUAAGUAGAAAAUAAUCUCUUUUUAAAGUAAAAAACCCACCAACUUUUAUAGUCAGUCUUCUCUGUAAUCUCUAGUUCAGUAAGAAAACAUUGUGGUCUGUAUCAGUUCUUCAGUUAAAAUUUCAUACAAUUGUAUUCAUAUAAAUUAGUCAUAAACAGAUUGAUCUCGAUGGAGAAGUUUCUUGAUUGCCACUUGGAAGUAUUUCAUGAACUGCAUCACUGUGAAUCUUUACAGACAAAAUGGGCUUUACAUUUUGCUUUCUGAAUCACAAGGAAACUUGACUUGUAUACAGUUAUUGCUAUUUGCCUAGAUUUAUCCUGGGGAAAGUUUCUCAGAGAUCUACAAUAUAUUUGAAAACAUGAAGCAGGUGAGACCUUGAAUUUAUAUCUAGAGGGGUGACCGCAGACUCAGCUCUUAUUUUAAAAAGAUAUAUAUUUGUGUAUAGCUCUAGUUCUUCACAGCAGAAAUGGAACUUUAAGAUUUUAUAUAUUUACGGUUUUAACUCAGCUUUUCAUUUGUACAAAGAUUUUUGGAAAGCUUUAAAAUUGCAGAAUUGCAUCCCAAGAAGGGAAUUCCUGUACAGGAGUUAACAUUGCUUUUGUCAUGCCUUGUGAAACUUUUGUCUCUUGUCUGUUGCUAUUGGAAGGUGCAGAACAUGAUCUCGCAAACAUGCAAGCCCUUGAUACUCAGUGGUUCUCCCAGUGCAGACUCAAGAGCUAUGGAGUGAAAAAAUAGUGGUGAAGGUUCUAUGCUCUUCUCUCUGCUCAGAUCUGCUGGUGCACAGCUUUCGAUCCCACCGCUAUGUGUAGUUUACAAACUUGGUGUAUCUGUCUCUCUAAGGCAUGCUGACUCAGUGUGCAUAUAUUCUAACACAUCAUCUCUGGGACCUCCUAAUUAAAACUACUGCAUGGCUUUUGGUAUUUCUAGUUCAAAUUCCACACUCCUGGUGAGAGCACGUUCCUUCCCUACUCAGCUGUGCAGCGCUCUGCGGUGUAAGGUGUUCUUUUACAGUUUUGCAUAGGUUACUCUGUAGAACAAUCCCAACUAGAAUUGUAUGUACUAACAGCUGUAAUGAGUUCUGAUUUGUAGGAAGAGAGUUUUGAACCUCUGGGUGUAACAGCAGUAUGAAACAGGCAGUGGUCCUUGCCCACAUGCUGUCUGUUUCCAGCCACUUAAGGAUGAAUGUUGGUUUUACCCAGGCAGUGGUAACAAUGUGCUGGCUGCUGCUCUGUGUAACAAUUGAGUUAAAGUAAUGUGGUUGUGGUCAUUGGGUUUAACAGUGAUGUUACAUACGAAAAGUUCUGAGUACAUUUAUGUUUGAAGCAAGUUUGCUUCUUGAGGAGAUGGUGUAGUAUUGAGCCUUUGAUCUGCACGCAGACUCUAGGUGUUCUCAGAGUCCAU